GGAAAGUACAACAAACACGAGCUUACUAUUGUUCCUCUCCAGCCCCACGACGCCUCAACAGGCUGUCUCUCCCGCAAAAUAUCAUGUCUUGGUGACCUCCCUCUCCAUCGUACCAGUUCUCACCACCUCCACAUCAUGGCGUCGCAAAACGGAGCCCCCUCGUCCCCACACGCGGACAUCUCGUUCCCCGUAAACCGCCCUGCAGAGCCAGGCAAAUGGACGCCCGAGCUCGACGCAAAGAUCCGCGCGCAAGAAGCCGCAAACAUACAGCUCAAGAAAACCAUCCUGCCGCGCUACCUCUGGCCAGGCGGCGAUCGCUCCCUUGCGGGCAUCGCCAUCCGUGCCUUCCUCCUGGGAGUCUCCGGCGCAAUGGGUUUCCUCCUCACCGUUGCCCUCGCAUACAACGGCAUCCGGCUGUGGCGCCCCUGCUUCUUCCUCGGCGUGCUCUGUGUGUUCCACUUCCUCGAGUUCUGGACAACCGCCGCAUACAACACGCCCACGGCGUACAUCUCGUCGUUCCUGCUCACAAAUGGCAGCCGUUAUCGCCAGGCACACACGGUCGCCUUUGUAGAGACGAUCACAACCUCGUACUUCUUCCCUGGAUGGCAGGCGUGCGUGCACCCGCCGUGGGUUGUCGCGCUGGGCGUGGUGAUGAUAGUCGUGGGGCAGGUCGUGCGUAGCCUUGCCAUGGUGCAGGCGGGGACCAAUUUCAACCAUCAAGUGCAGCAGCACAAGAACGAGGGGCACGAGCUAGUUACAACGGGGCUGUACUCGGUGUUUAGACAUCCGUCGUACUUUGGCUUUUUCUGGUGGGGGCUAGGGACGCAGGUAGCUCUGGGUAACACAGUCAGCUUUGUGGGAUAUGCGGGUAUCCUGUGGUACUUCUUCUAUACGAGAAUUACGCAUGAAGAAAAGCACCUCAUAGAGUUCUUCGGCGACGACUACAAGGCGUACAAAACGAGGACUCGGGUUUGGAUACCCUUCAUUUGAAUAGCAGCAUCUCGCUCAGCCUAGGGCUGAGAUAUUUUAGCUACCAUUGUACCACACACGUGCCCACGUAGUUAAAAUUGAUAACCAUCUCGUCGCAA